UCUAAAUGUAGUCCCACACGCACCACAAGACCUGAGAUGCGCCGAGCAAUAAAUCCACGUGAAUAGAUACCAUCUGUCAUCGGGCCAACUAGCGGCUCAAGGUGGUGCUCCCCCAAAUACUCUGUCUGCCGAUUUCCCAAAAAUACGACGAUAUCUUCCGCAGUUCUCGCUGGGUGCUCUAACAAAAAGCACACUCACUGGAUAAACAAUCUUUAAAAUGGAUAAGCUAGUUUUUGUCGUAUUUUGCCUGAUUUUUGCUGUAGUUGUGGCACAGGUGGAUCAAAACAAUGGAGGUCUAUCCAAUAUAACCAGCAAUCCAACAGAUACAGAUCCAGAAACAUCCAAACUACCGAGUGAAGUUCAAAAAGCAGUAUGCACUGUGACAGCUGGAGAGGUAAGGGCAUCGGCGGAGGCAGUUACCACAAAAACACUUAAGGGUGUCUGUGGAUCAGAUGAAAUGAAUCAGGCCUUCCGGAAUCUGGAGAACAAAUUGUACGAGGAGCUGCGGGUGAUGAAGCUGAUUCUGGUCCAUUUGGCCAAAGUAAAUGGUCUGAAAAUAAACACGGCUUUCACCACCAUGGCUCCGGCUACUGCUCCACCAUUAAGGCCAAUCCACACUGCCCCAAUGCCAGUCUUUAAGCCUAUUGAUCCCCCGCCAAAGAUAAACCACUCAAUCGGACCUAAAACUGAAGAAAAUGAAGUUAAUUCUGAUUCGGGAGCCAGGAAGACGCCCAUGUUAAAGGACCUGGAAACAAAUAACUCUGAUCAGGAGUCGCGGGAUGAGGAAGUGGGCAAGUUCAACAAUACCAUGCUAGCGGACAGGGAUGUCACUCUCUUCACCUACUAUUGGAAGUUGGAAAAUGUAACAGAACGGCUCAAAGAUUCCAAAUUAAAUAUCAUCCGCAGUCCAGGCUUCAGCAUUAAAGGAAAGUCGCUGCAACUUAAAUGCAUUUUUCAUCACAUGAACCGGGAUCUCCUGAACCUCCAAUUGGAAAACUCCAACUCUCCUUCGAUGUCCAAAUCCGGACAGUCCAACAACAUAAUGCUGGAUAUGGGCGGCAUGUUUCAGGAAUUUCAGUGGACCGAGGACGUGAAACUGAAGCAUAAGCUUUCGAUUUUAGAUCAGAGCCUUGGUAUCCGAAAGUCGCAGGAUCUCAGCUCUCAGGAACUUACCAAGCUUGGAGUCGGGUUUUCAAUACCCAAUAGCGUGCUCCUGGGGAGUACGUACAUCAAGCAGAACGCGCUAUUAAUACAGAUUCUUUUAUAUUUGUGA